AUUGCUAUAUUCACUGGUUCUUAUGUUCUACCUCCGAUCCAGAAGCACCUUCAUUUCUCCUCCAUCAUUUAUUCAGGCCAUUUCUGAUAAUUGCAACGUGCACCCGGUUCCCUUCGUCGCUAGUCAGCGCUGUGGAUGUUACCGGCUGCUUCCGUGUAGGUGUAAGGGACAGAGAGCAACUAAGAAGGGUAGCGUGAAAGUGCAGGAAAAGUGUGCGUCCGUUUGAUCGAAUGGCUUCUUCAAAGCUUCAAGCCUUCUGGAACCACCCUGCUGGCCCCAAAACCAUUCAUUUUUGGGCUCCAACCUUUAAAUGGGGGAUCAGCAUUGCAAACGUUGCCGACUUUGCUAAGCCUCAUGAAAAGAUAUCCUAUCCUCAGCAAGUUGUUAUUGCUUGCACUGGAAUCAUCUGGUCACGCUACAGCAUGGUUAUCACACCGAAAAACUGGAACCUUUUCAGCGUUAGCGUUGUAAUGUCCGGUACAGGCCUAUACCAGCUUUCUCGUAAAAUAAGGAAAGACUACUUCUCGGAUGAUGAAAAGGAGGCCACUGCUGCAUCACUCGAACUGGAAGCAGAAAUGGCGACUGACUCGACUUAAUAAUCGACUGGACAGCCUGCCUACUGCCUUGGAGUCGGUUUCAUAUUCACUCUGGUCCAUGGAACCCCAACAUUUCUUUGCAUGUCAAAAUGUAUUUGUUUCGCACUGGACCGCGCUCGUGGGCAUGCAAGCCGAGUAGCGUGAAAAAUCCAUGCAGCUUUUAAUAUUCGUGUGCGCAACAUUAUAUCAUGUGCAAAAAAAAGGAUAUACAUAUUAAAUACACGAACCACCUCGAUGUCUUGUAUCUUGUGAUCCAAUAUGUUGUUUCUGCAAGAAACCUGAACUGCAGGUUAUCUAGGUUGAGUCCGUUCAUAUAUAUAUAUGAUUGGAGUCGUGUG